AUGGCUAUAAUAUUGGCUGCAUCUUCUGCUGUCUUGGCUCUUCUUUUGGUUACUGCAACAAUGGGUUUCUUUAUAAGAAAGAAUGUAAUGAGGAAAAGAAGAGAGAGAAAACAAUUUGGGACACUUUUGGAUACAGUGAAUAAAUCCAAGCUAAAUGUUCCAUAUGAAAUUCUUGAAAAAGCAACAAAUUACUUCAAUGAUGACAAUAAGCUAGGACAAGGAGGAUCAGGUUCAGUUUAUAAAGGAGUUAUGCCAGAUGGUAAUACUGUGGCUGUUAAAAGGCUUAGUUUUAACUCGACGCAAUGGGUGGAUCAUUUCUUCAAUGAGGUUAAUUUGAUUAGUGGAGUUCAUCACAAAAAUGAUGAGAGAAGAAAGAAUACUUACACGUCGGAGUCACUCCGCCAACGCUUCAAUCGUGAUUCAGCAUUGCGUUAUCAUCUCAAAAAGAUUCGAGAUCAAAAGAUCAUUCCGCGUUUAAGAUUAUCGCGUGCAGGUCACCCCCCAAAGCUUGAAAGAUUCUCUCAUUACGUAGCUAGGCAAAUGGGGUUCAAGGAUAGGAGAAUCGGUCCUGAUAUAUGUAGAUUGGCUUCUGAAUACAUAAGCAAAUAUGAAGGGUUUGAAGAUGAUAUAUAUUCCUAUUUUGAGAAUGAACCAGAUGCUGAUUCACUUUAUGUCAAGUUGGUGGAAGAGUUUGAGAGAUGCAUUCUUAGUUACUUUGGAUUUCAUUGGAACCAUUGUGACAUAUUGAUAAGUCAGGUUUUGAGCUCGGACAUUUCUGAGCCAAAAAAGAAGCUAAAGAACAUAGUUAUGGAAUCAUAUCCAAUUGCUGGUGAGAUAGUUGGUUUGAAAAGCAUAGCAGCAUACUAUUUUGGUUUAGAUAUCAAUACAAAUGUCACCAAAAUGGAAGCUGAAGAGGCUCUACAACAGGUGUUAUCUGUUUGGAAGCCCGUCUUGGUAGCAAACAAAAACCUUGUUGAUUACAUCUUCUUGAUAAGUUUAGAAUUUGCUCAAUCACAUGACUUGCCAAUGCAGAUACACACAGGAUUUGGAGAUAGAGGUUUGAAUCUGAGAAUGUCCAAUCCUCUUUAUCUCCACAAUAUUCUUGAGGACAAGAGAUUUGCAAAGUGUAGGAUUGUUCUUUUACAUACAUCAUAUCCAUUCUCAAAGGAAGCAUCAUAUCUAGCUUCUCUCUACUCCCAGGUUUAUCUUGAUUUUGGGUUGGCUAUUCCAAAGCUUAGUGUUCAUGGCAUGGUUUCUGCAGUGAAAGAUCUCUUAGAGCAAGCACCAUUAAAUAAGGUGAUGUUUAGUACUGAUGCUUAUGCCUUUCCUAAACUCUUCUACUUAGGUGCGAAAAAUGCCCGCAAAGUUGUUUUCACAGUUCUGCGUGACUCGUGCAUUGAUGGCGAUCUCACUGUUUCAGAGGCUGUGGAAGCUGCAAAAGACCUCUUUGCACGAAAUUCAAUCAAUUUCUAUAAGAUUAUCAGUUAA